AUGAUCAGUGGCUGGCCGCGGGAUCCCUCCCACGCCACCUCGGGCCGCGCGUCCCAGCUGUUUCUGCUGGAGAAAACUCUUGAGUGGCUUUCCCAGAACCGGCAGGAGCUGCAGGGCUUCGCAGAGGCGGCAGCGGCGGUAAAAUCCGGCAGCUGCGGCUGCACCAAGUCUUGCGGCUGCACCAGGACUGGCGGCGCUGCCGCAGUUGCGUUGAUCCAAACGAAAAGUCCUUCCCCCGACUCGGACGCGGGAUCCGCCAGAAUCGGGUCCAGAGCCCAGCACCAAAGGCACAACCGCCGAUCGCCGUCUGUGUCAAAGCCAAAGUCCCUGCCGCCAGGCCCGCGCCUCCUCCCGCACUACGGCCACACCUCCUCGCGAGCGCCAACCCCUCCCCCGGACUCCGAGGGCACGUGGGGGUGGGGCCGGAGCUCUAGGCCGGGACACCAGGGCUUCAAACCCGAAAGCGCAGGGCGGGCCCUGAUGUUCAGGAGGCGGGGCCGCGGGGUGCGGGGGCGGGGCCUGGACGCGAGGUGGUGGAAUGCAAGGCCCAAGAGUGUGAGAGGCGGGGCUAUGCUGCGAGAGGGCUGGCCCCAGCGCGAAGAGGUGGUGAUGGAACCCUGA